CGCAUCCUUUACGCGUUCCUUUCCAUCCGCGCGCCCGCCGGUCAGCCUGCGUGUCUCACUGAGGGUUAACAACAAGGACGAAGAAAUGCCGUCAAAAAUCAUCUUUGACGACGAUUAUCAAGCCAUGGAGGACGCCGUGGACACCGUGGAGGAGGCUGCAACCCGGAAGAACAAGACCAAAGAGGGCAAGAAACUGAAGAAGAAGAAGCAGUUGGAGGACCUGGAAGAGCAGGCGGACCCAGACUGUGAACCUCCAGCACCAAAGAAGAAAAAAAAAAAAGACAAGCUGGCAAUGGACCAAGUGAACGGCCACAUAGUUGAGGUCAUAGACUUGAACGGCAACAUUGAUGGUGUAGAAACACCAAAGAAGAUUAAGAAGAACGCUGACGGAGACACAGAGAAAAAAAAGAAGAAGCAAAAGAAAAUAGAGGCAGAAACCAAUGGACAUUCCACCCAAAACACCCCUGUUCAGACGCCCAUCCCGACACCAGCCCAGUCAAGUGAAGACUCCGCGAGCGACAGCGAAAAAGAAACGGAGGAGACACAAGAGCAGAAGGAAGGGGCCUUCUCCAACUUCAGGAUCUCCCAAGUCACCAUUGAUAAACUAAAAGCUCGGGGAGUCUCUUACCUGUUUGACAUUCAGGUGAAGACAUUUAAUCCCAUAUAUGAUGGAGAGGACGUAAUUGCCCAAGCCCGAACAGGAACAGGAAAGACUUUCUCAUUUGCCCUCCCGUUGGUGGAGAAGAUCCAGAAGGAGUCAGGGGCGUUCACCAGAGGCCGGGCUCCCAAGGUCCUGGUGUUAACUCCAACCAGAGAGUUAGCUAUCCAGGUCGCUAAGGACUUCAAAGACAUCACCAAGAAACUGUCUCUCACCUGUUUCUAUGGAGGCAGCUCAUACAACCCACAGCUCGAAGCUAUCCGUAAUGGUAUCGACAUUUUGGUUGGCACCCCUGGGCGCAUCAAAGAUCACCUCCAGAACAAUAAACUCGACCUCUCUAAACUGGAACACGUUGUUCUGGAUGAAGUCGACCAAAUGUUGGACAUGGGAUUUGCAGAACAAGUUGAAGAGAUUUUGGCCUCAUCGUAUGAGAAAGACUCUGACGGCAACCCACAGACUCUUCUGUUUUCGGCCACCACCCCCCCUUGGGUCUACGACGUUGCCAAGAAAUACAUGAGACCAGGCUGCACACAUGUUGAUCUGAUCGGCAAGAAAACACAGAGAGCUGCAACAACUGUAGAACAUCUGGCCAUAGCGUCUCACUGGUCACAGCGUGCAGCCGUGAUCGGCGACGUGAUCCAGGUCUAUAGCGGCAGCCACGGCAAGACCAUUGUGUUCUGUGAGACAAAGAAAGACGUCAACGAACUUUCCAUGAAUGCAGCCAUCAAACAGAGCUGCCAGGUCCUCCAUGGAGAUAUUCCUCAAAAACAGAGGGAGAUGACGCUGAAGGGCUUCAGGACCGGGGCUUUUGAGGUUCUGGUUGCCACCAACGUUGCAGCCCGUGGAUUAGACAUCCCUGAAGUCGACCUGGUGGUCCAGUGUGCUCCACCCAAGGAUGUGGAGUCAUACAUUCAUCGUUCGGGACGUACGGGCCGAGCAGGCAGGACUGGAGUCUGCAUCUGUUUCUACCAGAGGAAAGAGGAGGACCAGCUGUACUACGUAGAAAACAAAGCAGGUAUCACAUUCAAACGAGUUGGCGUUCCCACUGCCAACGAUAUCAUCAAGUCAUCGAGCAAGGAUGCUGUCAGGUUUCUGGACUCUGUUCCAGUUACAGCCGUCGCGUACUUCAAAGAGUCGGCUGAGAAGCUGAUCGAGGAGAGAGGAGCAGUCGAUGCUCUAGCUGCUGCCCUGGCACAUAUUUCUGGAGCCACAAGUCUAGAGCAGAGGUCGCUGCUCAACUCUGAUGCUGGUUUCACCACUGUGCAGCUGGUGUGUUCUCAAGAGAUGCAUAAUCUGGGUUACGCCUGGAGAUCCAUCAAAGAACAGCUGGGAGAAGAGUUCGAGACCCACGUUCACAGAAUGACCUUCCUCAAAGGCAAAACAGGAGUUUGUUUUGAUGUCCCCGUUGACAAAGUCAAGGAGGUUCAGGACGGCUGGAAGGACGGUCGCCGGUGGCAAUUGACUGUAGCCACAGAGCUCCCAGAGCUGGAGGAGAAGCAGUUCAGUAACCGUGGCGACAGAAGCUUUGGUGGUGGUGGAGGAGGAGGGUUCAGAGGUGGAAGGGGGCGGAGUUUCGGGGGAAAUGGUGGCCGUAGUAACGGGUUCCGGAGCGGUGGCGGUGGCGGUGGCUAUAGCAACAACAGAGGAGGACACAAACGCAACUUCAGUCAAGCUUUUGAUUAUUGAAGUGCCAACCUGUGGACUGAUAGGACUGACUGCCUCUCAGUGGAGCUGGCAGGGGUUUUUAUUGGCUGUCAAUGGGGUGGGGGAUUGACGUAUCUCCUUCAUGAAGCUGAAUUGGGAGCUUUCAAAUAUAAUAACAGGAGUUUCAUAUGCAAUACAUUAAAUGACUAAUCUUCCCCUCUGAAAAUUGUACCAUAUAUUAACACAGGACAACUGGCAGCCUUUUUUAGGUGACACAUUAGUUGAAACUCAUGAAUUUUUAACUACCUAAAUUAGUGCAUAAUUGGGUCGCUAUGUCUGGAAUUACAGGAUCAAAAGAAUUGGCUAAUCAACCUGUAGUAAGAAUUCAGCAUUAUGGGAUGAAAUGAAUGACGUUUGAAUGCAUCAUCCAUUGAGUUUUAUGUAAGGCGUUACUCUUUUUUUUGUACUGGGUAUUUGGGGAACGGUGACAGCAAUCAGACUUGAAGGCACCUCAUUCUGACCUAACAACUUGUAAACAUGCUACUUGUUACAUGACUACACUAGAUAACUCUGUGAGAGUGUCAUGUGGGAGGCAUUGUGUUUCUGCUCUGCACCCACAGAGAACAGCGGUGAAAUGGGUGUUAAACUUUACAGUUGUGUUCAGUGUUGGGUUGCUGCCUUACCCUCAGCUGAAACUCUCUCCCCAAAGAUAUAUUGGAUGAUUGCUUUGCAAUUGCCUCUAUUUAAUAACUGUAUCUACUGCUUCCAUUCAUUUGAAUGAAAUGACUUUCAUUAAAAAAAGGUCAACUCAG